GCGUGACGUUGACGAACACUCAGUCAGAGAUCUAAAAUAACGGUACUUGAAUAACAUUAACAUGAAGACGAUAUAUCUACUGUGUAUUAUCUUUUUAUUCAUCAACGGUGUGUUUGGUGCUGAAGUGAAGUCAGUGUCGGUGAUGGAGGGAGAUUCUGUUACUCUACACACUGAUACUAAACUACAGACAGAUGAUCUGAUAACAUGGGGGUUUAAAUAUGUAAAUGACCCCAUAGCUACACUUGACAGAGCAGACAAUAAAAUCUUAUAUAGCACUGAUGUGAGAUUCAAAGGCAGACUGCAGCUGAGUGCCCAUACUGGUGAUCUCACCAUCACAAACAUCACAACUCAACACUCUGGAGAUUAUCAACUAGACAUCAAUGGAGAUGAUAUUAAAACAAAGAAAUUCAAUGUUAUUGGUGUAAAUAACCCAGAAUCAGAUCAACUAAAGUCAGUGUCAGUAAAGGAUGGAGAUUCUGUUACUCUACACACUGAUGUUCCUGAUAUCAAGAAAUAUGAUGAGAUACUGUGGAGGUUUCGAGGGAUCCGUAUAGUUGAAUUCAAUAAAUCAGCCAGUGAAAUAUUAGAAGAUAAGAGAUUCAGAGACAAACUGCAGCUGGAUGUUCAGACUGGAUCUCUUCAAAUCAAGAACAUCAAAAUGGAUCUCUCUGGAUUUUAUGAAGUAGAGAUCAGCAGCACCAGCAGCAGCUAUACCAUACAUCAGUCAUUCACAGUUACUGUCCGUGGUGAAGUGAAGUCAGUGUCAGUGAAGAAAGGUGAUCCUGUCACAAUAUACACUGAUAUUCCUGACAUUAAAACCUAUGAUCAGAUACUGUUGAUCUUUGGGUGUGAUGAAAAACGGAUUGCUGAAGCAAAUAAACAGAACAAAAAGUUCACUCUUUAUGGGAGAAUCAGAGACAGACUGAAGCUGAAUGAUCAGACUGGAGAUCUUACCAUCACAGACAUCAAAAAUGAAGAUGGUGGACUUUAUGAACUGAAGAUGAGCAGCAGAAGACGAUCCAUUCAAAGGAGAUUCAGUGUUAAUGUCAGUGGUGAGUAA